UUAGUAGGCAGAAUCGCUCCCGUCCCUCCGUUCUCCCCCUUGUAUAAGUGGCCGGCCUUCCUUUCUUUAGAAUUUGGUGGUCCACGGCAGCUCCUCGGUGGUCUUCUCGCGCCGCGUCUUCUUGAACAGCUUCGUUCUUCUCUUUGGUGUUUCUCCUUUGUGAAGAUGGGGCUGUCAUUCACCAAACUGUUUAGUCGGCUUUUCGCCAAGAAAGAAAUGCGCAUUCUUAUGGUGGGUCUUGAUGCAGCUGGUAAGACCACCAUCCUGUAUAAGCUGAAGCUGGGAGAAAUAGUGACGACCAUCCCUACUAUUGGAUUCAAUGUGGAGACGGUGGAAUACAAGAACAUCAGCUUUACUGUUUGGGAUGUUGGGGGUCAAGACAAGAUCCGUCCACUAUGGAGGCAUUACUUCCAGAACACGCAGGGGCUCAUUUUUGUGGUGGAUAGCAAUGAUCGUGACCGUGUUGUUGAAGCCAGAGAUGAACUCCACAGGAUGUUGAAUGAGGAUGAGUUGAGAGAUGCCGUCCUGCUUGUCUUCGCAAACAAACAAGAUCUUCCCAACGCCAUGAACGCUGCAGAAAUUACAGACAAACUCGGCCUCCACUCUCUUCGUCAACGCCACUGGUAUAUCCAAAGCACAUGUGCCACUUCUGGAGAAGGGCUGUAUGAAGGGCUUGACUGGCUCUCAAACAACAUAGCUAAUAAGUCUUAAAAAACAAUAUGCUGCUGCUGCUACUUCUACUGAAAUAGAAAAGUUUGUUCUGAAGAUCAUUAUCAUGGAUCUAUAAAUAUGACUUGAAAUAAAAAUAUUGUGAUUGUUAUGCUAACCAAUCCUGUGUUUGUUUUGUCUGUUUCUUAUAUUUUAUGAUGUUUAGUAGUAAUAUUUCCAAUGGCUGGAAAUUGGUGUUUGAUAGCAUUGUAUUGUGUUGCCUUAUUCAGUAUAAUGAUUUUGUUGGAUGAUUUAUUUGAGGCGAUUUUGAUUU